UCCGCGGACUCCACCUGACACACUUCAUCAUGUUUUAACCGUGACAUUGUGUGAAUUUCCUCUGAAGUUUGUUUGUCGUCGUUUGUGGAUUUACGGUGAAACUGCGACCUUUGGCAUCGUGUUUGUGGGGGCUGUGCUGGAGUUCGGUUCAGACAUGGGCAGUAAAGCGCUACCGGCCCCGAUCCCGCUUCACCCGUCCCUGCAGCUCAACUACUCGUUCCUGCAGGCGGUCAACACUUUCCCCGCGGCCGUGGAUCAUCUGCAGGGACUCUACGGGCUCGGUUCGAUUCAAAGCAUGCACAUGAACCACUGGACUCUGGCUUAUCCUCACGUACAAGGCCUAGUGGACCCUCGCUUUCCGUUUCCCGCGGCUCUUCCUUUCGCAGCGCACCUUUUUCACCCAAAACACGGAUCCGUGACGCGCUUCGUCCCCUCGCUUCACAAGGACAGACCCAGAUUUGACUUCGCCAACCUCGCGGUCGCGGCCACGCAGGAGGAUCCGCCGAAGCCCGGCGAGCUCUCCAAACUGACCGCCGAGCUGAACAAACUCUCCCCGGACAGAAAGCCCACGCGCGGGAGACUUCCGUCCAAAACCAAAAAGGAAUUUAUUUGUAAGUUUUGCGGCAGACACUUCACCAAGUCCUACAACCUGCUGAUCCACGAGCGCACGCACACGGACGAGCGGCCGUACACCUGCGACAUCUGCCAGAAGGCCUUCAGGAGACAAGACCACCUGAGAGACCACAGAUACAUUCACUCCAAGGAGAAACCUUUCAAAUGUCAAGAGUGCGGAAAAGGAUUUUGUCAGUCGCGAACGUUGGCUGUUCAUAAAACGCUGCACAUGCAGGAAUCUCCUCACAAAUGCCCCACAUGUGGAAGAACCUUUAAUCAAAGAAGUAACCUGAAAACUCACCUUCUCACCCAUACAGACCUCAAGCCUUUCUCCUGCGGCCGCUGCGGCAAGGUGUUUCGGCGCAACUGUGACCUGCGACGCCACAGUUUGACACACACACCGCAACAUGACUUCUGAUAAACGAACACACACACCAAACGCUCUUAUUCACGAAGACAUGUGUUAUGGACAAGAAAUAAGGAGGACACAAGUGCACCCAAACGGACUGUAUGAACUCAUGUAAAUAAAUAGUCUUGAUUGUUUUUUAAUGUUUUAUCUGAGAUGAAUGUUGUUGCAAACAUCUGUGUUUGGGAAAUGAAUUGUAUAAAUAAAGCAGACAGGGCUGCUUUCCUAAAUGAGAAUUGGAUUGAUAAAAUAUGUUGCACCCGACGCCAAUACAAUGCGAGUACUUGGUCAACAUCUGUAAUAAAA